AUGAAAACUAAUAAUGUUUGUGAAGUCAAAAGUACUAUUUUUACUAAUAGUUGGGCAUUGAAAGAAAACGAAAGAAAAAGCAAGCGCCAACCUACAAUAAAAAUAACUACCUAUAUCAAAAAGUUAUUAGAGAUUAUGUUCUAUAUAGGUACUGCUAACCCAUCACAAAAAUUAAUGGCACCACAAAUAAGAGAAGAGCUAAUACGUCACGCGCAAACUGGAGAGAUUGAAAAUAAUGAAAUCCCUAAAGAGGCUAUGAAUCAAAAUUGGAUCAGCAGAUUUUCACAUCGUUGGAAGGAGGCUAUGGUCUUGCGGGCUUUAGAUGAAACAGAAAAUUAUGAACCUUUGUAA